UGUUUAAAUGUAAAUGGGUCAUUCUUUUUGGGACAAAGUUUUGGCCAAAUGGGUUUUGGGCCGGAGGGAGUAUUAUUCAUAAUAAUAAUAAUAGUUAAUAUAAUAAUAAUAAUUAAAUAAAAAGGCUUCUUUUUUCUCUCUCUAUAUUUUUUUGUCUUAAAAAUUAGGGUUCCUAGAUGAACUUGAGUGACAUUUGUAAGGAAAAUCUGCAUAAUGGGGGGAAAAAGGCAUCUGUGAAGAAUGCUGGGAGUAAGAAAAUCUCCGGAAAGUGCGCAACUUGUGGGGAUGAAUUUCAGGAUGAUAAUCUCUUUAUUCCGCAUGUGAAUCGUUGUAUCAAAAUUCACCCUGAUGCCAAAGACAAGGAGGUCGUCUCUGGUCGUCCUUCGGGGUUCCAGUUCAGGUUCCCGACCCACUGGUCGUGGCGGUUGUGGUCGCAGGUACCGUCAGUGAUGGCAUGGCAGCUAAAAUUGGACAGUGAUAGCAGCUGGAGAACUUACUCUAACGGGACUUUUUCAACAAAACAAUGAAUAAUUGUAAUAAGUUUUGGAGAUUUUAUGGUUUGUAGCAAGUUUGUUGCAACUUUUGCCAAAAACAUCCGCUACACAUUUACUGCAACUUCCCAAAUUUUCCA